GUUUUUGUAGAAUUGUGCAUUGGGCUGUGAAUAUAAAAAUCUGGUUAUCUGAGAAGGUCUUUCUGUGUCUCAACUUCUGCAUCUUAUUUCCUUGUAUGACGGCAUGAAGUGAACCUUGAGACAGCUCACAGUCAGAUCUCAGGAGAAGGAGAGGUGUCUUUGAACAGUCCAGAGCCCAUACUGGAUGACAGAAUCGCAGGAGAGCAGGCUCGCCGGAGAACAAAGCGCAUCAGGACGUGUUUCCGCAGUGAGCAAGUUAGGAUGCUGGAAUCUUACUUUGCCCGGAAGCACAACCCUGAUGGAAAAGACUGGACAUGCCUUGCUCAUAAAACUGGUCUGCCCAAGCGAGUGUUGCAGGUGUGGUUUCAGAAUGCACGGGCCAAGCUGAGGCGUUCUCUGUCUGCUGAAGAUUCUACCUUUAGUUCACCAUCUGGUCCACAAAGCAGUCCCAAUGUGGCAACCAGCUCCUCUCCCCCAACCUUUGUUGCAGAUGAUCAACACUUUCCCACCAGCACCAUCGACCAGCUGCAGCUUUCCCUGCUCACCUGUCCACUUGGUGACUCACCAGUAAGCCCAGCUGUCACUCAACAAAGCCCCAUGUUCUUCUUGGACUAUGAUUCCCAUGUUGCAUCAGGAUGUACGUCUUCUCUAGAAGCCUCUGAGGAAGUUCAGGGGGCAGGAGAAGGCACAACAAAGAGAGACGACAAUCCUGAAAACUGUUUUGGACCACAUACCUGUUGAACAAAGAAAUCCCUAUG